GCUACUGUUUCUCAGCUCCAGAGAACCAGGAUUGAUCCUGACCACUCGGUUUUCUCUUGCAUAUUCUCCCUGUGACAGCUUUGAUAAUUGCAAGGUUCUCCCGCAGUACAAAGGUAUUGGCUACACGAACUGGCUAAAAUGUAUCGGUGAGCAGAGUUAGUGCGUGUGAAAGAAAACCAGCCCAGCAGCCAGUAUUCCUGAAGAUAAGUUUGCUUUAGUUUGAUUAACAGAAUUAAAAAUAAAACUCCUGGUAAUGCGUGCAAGGAGCGAUGGAAAUAGACAACACCAAAGUGAGACGUGCACACUUUGGACGCUAGAGUGUACUGCAACGUUGCAAAGGGGGAGAAUACAGUAAGUAAGCUCAUCAAAGAGGUAGUGAAGUUUACGAACGUACGAGUGACACAGGUGUCCAGAGCUAGGUGGUGGAAGUGGUGCUUGCUGAUUUUUAUCUCCCGUUUUUCUGCACCCGCCGCUCGCCUUGACCAGCUCUCUUUUGAAGCUAAUCGUUGACGAGACAGCCGCGUUAAAACGGGAGCGUUAACCCCAAGGCCUGUCAUGGAGAUUCCGAGCCUGGACUGGCUUCUCUUGGCGUGCCAAUGUAUGCUAGUGAGCGGAAUCGAUGUUUACACCGCGGCGGUCUACGAACACAGAUCGAUUUUGAAUCCAAGUCCGGAAAUCCGUCCCACACGUCAGAAAGCGCUGAAGCACAUGAAGGAAAACCUGAACAUCUACCAACUACAAGUGUAUGAAGCGAGCAAGCAGGGAGCUAAGAUAAUUGUCUUUCCUGAGAAUGGCCUCUAUGGCUUUAAUUUCACCAGAGAUUCGAUUUUUCCAUAUUUGGAGCCUAUUCCAGAUCCUACAGUUGUUAAGUGGAAUCCGUGUCUGCAUCCAAAAGCAGUUAAUGAUACAGAGGUUCUUUAUCAACUGAGCUGUAUAGCAAGGUAUGGCAAAAUGUACUUGAUAGCAAACAUGGGGGAAAGGCAGUCCUGUAAGCGCAGUGAUCCUUGGUGUCCCUCAGAUGGAAGGUACCAGUUCAACACAGAUGUAAUUUUUGAUGCUGAAGGUUCUAUAAUUGCCAAAUAUCAUAAACAGAACCUUUACUUUGAAGAAGCUUUCAACACACCCAAGGUAGUGGAGCAUGUUGUCUUUAAUACUCCUUUUGCUGGAAAAUUUGGUAUUUUUACAUGUUUUGAUAUCUUAUUUUAUGAGCCAGCAGUGAGCUUAAUUGAUAAUUAUGGUGUGAAACAGAUCGUAUUCCCCACAGCAUGGAUGAACCAGCUUCCACUGUUAUCUGCAAUUGAGUUCCAGCAAGCUUUCGCAACUGCAUUUGGUAUCAAUCUCCUUGCAGCUAAUCAGCAUCACCCUGAAUACAAAAUGACAGGAAGUGGGAUUUACACUCCUUUUGCUUCCCAUGAUUACUACAAUAUGGAGAGCCGUGAAGGAAAGCUCCUAGUGGCAGAGGUUCCGAUAAUUACACAUUACAAUGGCAGCAGUCUGGAGCUGAAGACAUCUCAGGGAACAUUGAAAUUUCCUGAAAGGCACAUUCACAUUGAACCUUCUGCUCCUCAGCUGCAACGAUGGAGCGUACAGAUGGAUCAAAGUCAGCAAUUCUUAGGUGCAGCAGAUGGUCUUGGUGAUAUCUUUUAUAGUCUAAUGAUGUACGACAAUUAUACCUUUGUUCUUAUGACAGACUUGGAAGGUGAUUUGCAAGUCUGUUCCAGCACGUUGUGUUGCCAUCUGGCUUACCAGCAUAGCCAUGCCAGUGGUCUGUAUGCAUUGGGAGCCUUCGAUGGGCUUCACACAGUACACGGCGUGUACUACUUGCAGGUGUGUGCUUUGGUGAAGUGUGCAGGCUCCAGCAUUGACACCUGUGGACAAAGUGCUACCACUGCCUCCGAUAUUAUUGACUUCCAGUUGUGGGGAAAUUUCAGUACUCACCAUAUCUAUUCAGAGAUACUGGCUACCGAGGUGAAACUUUAUCGUGCAGACACCUUGGAGUGGGUUAACAAUAAUUUUUACAUGACUAAGCAGGGGAUGACAGAGGGCCUUAUAACUGCAGCACUAUAUGGAAGGUGGUACGAAAAAGAUUAAUGGGAUAAAAUUUCAGAUUGUUUUCUGAUUGUGACAAUUCUUAAAUUAAGGAUUAAUAUUGACAAACUAAUGAUUUACACACCUGGGUAGAAUUCUGGAUUUUGGCCAGUUACAGACUGAAAACAUGUUAGCUCUUAACUCCGAGAAGGGCCCACUUGGAAAUGUAAGACAAAAACAUUCUGAAUGGAUGUAUCUCUGAACACAUGGCCAUCAAGGAAGCCAGUCCUGGGUGUGGCUGGGACAAUGCUGAUUUCACUAUUAACUCCUCCACCAGUCAGCAAGUGUCCCAUUGCAGACAGCUAUCUGUAAACUAAAGCACUCUUCUGCAAUAGUCCAGAGUCCAGAAUGCUAUUGAACUCUAUCCUUAUCCGGCAGUUAACUAAUUCUGUUAAAAAGUCUUUACUACUGAAGUCCACCAAUCAGCACGGGCUCCUGCUUCACCACUUCCCUUCUCGUCUUUAUCCUCAAUCAGUUUUAUGAUUACUGACUUGUAAUGUGAAAUUUGUUGUUCAGUGCCAGUGGUACAGUGCAAUACUUAAUAAUAAAAAAUACUGCUACAAUUUCCAACUAGAAAUGAAACAAAUAAAUAAAGCAGUGCAAAAAGAGAACAAAAUGGUGAGGUAGUUUUCCUGGGUUAAUGGAUUGUUCAGAAAUUUGAUUAUGGAGGGGAAGAAGCUAUUCCUAAACUGUUGCGUGAGUGUCUUCCUGCUCCUGUCUUUCCUUCCUGAUGUUCGUAAUGAGAGGAGUGCAUGUCCUGGAUAGUGAGGGUCCUUAAUGAAGGAUUCUGCCUUCUUGAGGUAUCACCUUUUGAAGAUGUCCUCAAUGGUGGGAAGGCUAGUGCCCUUGAUGGAGCUGGCUUGAGUUUACAACCCUCUCCAACUUCUUCUGAUCCUGUGUAUUGGAGUCUCCAGACCAGACACUGAUGCAACCAGUCGAAACGCCGGCCAGCUUCCAGUCAAGAAAACGCCUGCCUGCAAUGCUCCCACGGUCAACAUCUUCUGGAUAGACAACAAAACCAUUUAUUGCAUUUCUUUCAUGUCUCUUCCAUCUGUUUUCAUCUUGCAAGUGUUUCUGGAACUGUUGGAGCCUGUACUUUGCAGCUUGGAGACCGUUUGGGUGAUCCAGCGCUUUGCUGUCUCCUGGAAGAUUCCAGGAGGCAGCGAGCGCAAGCCUCAUGCCGAUGUUCGACUCCAUUUCGCCGAUUAAGUCUCCUAUUGUUCACCAAUUAAAGCCAUGAGGGAGAUUAAAACAUCGAGGCGAUUGUGGACGUUGAGCCUGCCUCUUGAUGGCUCUGCUGCCGGAGAGGGGAGGAGAGGCUGUGGCCUGCUGCUGUGCCUGGAGAAUGUUAUUGAGGUUUUCUGUGUUUUGAACAUUGCUAUGGAUUUGGACUGUGGACAAUAGACUUUUUUUCAGGCUUAUAGUUUUCCAUAUUCUGUUUUUUGCCCAAUUUUUCUCGUUUUUUUGUGCAGGAUGGGGAAUUUGGGAGUUGAUCAUGUAGCCAUUUUUCCCCCAUAGUUUUGUGUCUAUCUGAAGAAGAAUUUCAGAGUUGUAUACUUUAAUAAUAAAAGAACCAUCAAAUCCUUUUGAAUGCCCUCCAUGGUACAUUUUUAGAAAUUUGCUUGAGUCCUUGGUGAC